GCCAAGGGUUCUAUAAUGGGUUUGUUGCCGUUUGAUAGGCACAUAGGCCUAAGCGACACUUCGGUGAGAAAACAGACAACCACUAGACAACUGUAUUGCCUGGCUGGCCUACCUUUAGUUUUCCUUUUCAACUUCCGGUUCCGAGAGAACGCAAUGGGGAAGUUUAUGAAACAAGGGAAAGUGGUCCUGGUCCUGGGAGGCCGGUUUGCUGGUAGGAAAGCUGUUAUCGUAAAAAACUACGAUGAUGGAACUUCAGACAAGCCUUAUGGCCAUGCCCUAGUUGCUGGUAUUGACAGAUAUCCACGUAAAGUCACCAGGACCAUGGGAAAGAAGAAGCUCAAGCAGAGGUCAAAGAUCAAGUCCUUUGUGAAAGUUUACAACUUCAAUCAUCUGAUGCCCACCAGGUACUCUGUGGAUCUCAACUUUGAGAAGAACGUCGUCAACAAGGACGUUUUCAGAGAUCAGGCCUUGAAGAGAAAGGCAAGGAGAGAAGUCAAGGCAAAGUUUGAAGAGAGGUACAAGACUGGCAAAAACAAGUGGUUUUUCCAGAAAUUGCGAUUCUAAUUCAGAAUAAAUAUGCCCCAUAAGUAU